UGUAAUUGGAUGCACGAGUGACUCUGCAGCUGCAACAAUGUUCUUUCUAAUCAUCUUUGUAUUGCGGACUUUCAUUUGCAGAUCAAAGUCAUGACAGCAAUGUACUUAUCCGACCUACGUGAAAUGUAUCAGAAAAUUGCUACCCAAAUUCAGCAGCACGAUUCUCUUCCGGAAAAACCAACCUCGGAGCAGACUGAGAAGCUGAAGCUGUCGAAGACCAUGUUGGAGAGUCUCAUAUCAGUCUUAGAGAGUUCUGAAUGUAGCAUGUCACCUGGUAAAGUUGUGUCUUCUUUUUCUGGGCUUUCGAUAGCACAGCAGACCAAUCCCAAUUAAAACUUUCUAUAGCAUGGUCUUGCGUGUUAUCCAAAUGCCAUGUAUCAUGUACGCAAGGCUGGGAAGUUGAGUCGUAGCUUCUGUUUGGAUGGUUUGGAAGUUUUGUAUGGAUAUACUGUGAGGUUUAAACUUGAGAGUUUUCUUAAUUAAUUAUU